AUGAGUGGUUGCACUAGUAGUAGUGGUGGUGGUAGUGGUAGCGGCGGAGGAAGUGGUGGAGGUGGUAGUGGUGGAGGUCCUUGUGGAGCUUGUAAGUUUCUAAGAAGGAAGUGUGUAACUAAUUGCAUAUUUGCACCAUACUUUGAUUCCGAGCAAGGUGCCGCCCACUUCGCGGCCGUGCACAAGGUGUUCGGCGCAAGCAACGUCUCUAAACUCCUCCUCCACAUCCCAGCUCACAAACGUCUCGAUGCCGUAAUCACCAUCUGCUAUGAAGCUCAAGCUCGUCUCCGUGAUCCUGUUUAUGGUUGCGUCUCUCAUAUCUUCGCCUUACAACAACAGGUGGUGAAUCUACAAGCAGAGUUGACAUACUUGCAAACGCAUUUGGCUACACUGGAGUUGCCAUCGCCACCUCCACCACCGCCUUCAAUGUCGUCGGUGCCGCCUCAGUUCUCUAUAUCUGACCUCCCUUCGGCUUCCAACCCAGCUAGCGCAUUAGACUUAUCAGCGCUUUUCGAUCCAUUGGUGCAAGCUCCUUGGUCUCCUUCUCCUCAACAACAACGCCAACAGAUUGGUAGAAACCUUGGUGAGAGUAGUGGUGGUGGUGAUGGUGGUGAUCUUCAAGCACUGGCUCGAGAACUUCUUGAUAGACAUCAUCAUGGUUCUAGCUCUUCUGACCAUCCUCCUCUGUCUAAGUGAAGUUUAUAAUCCAAUGAAAAUGUUACAUAAUGUGGAUAGGAGAACCCACAUUAUGUUGUGGUUCAUUUAAAUUUUCUAAAUUAACUUGUUGUUUUUAUUCUCUGUUUUAAUUUCUUUCUGCUUCUUUCUGCUGGUAAGUAACACAUGUUCUGGUGGGAAAAAAAAAUUAAAAUG